UUGAUCGGAAAAUGUCGUUCCAUUUUCCUCGAUAAGUUCCACUGGUCUCUGACCAGUCGGUUUAGCAUAAUGUCACUAGUUUCUUCCGUCAAGCUCAAAAAUAGUAGGCUCGAUUUCCGCCGCUCUCUCGUGUCUGGUCUACGUUCCUCCCUGAGAUGGGGGAGGAGCGCAGGCUCCUUUCCCGAACUGCGGCUGGAAAUCGUGCCUAUCGCAAAAGACGGUCAACCGUAAAUAUGAUUGCUGCAAUUUUUAUUUAAUUUUACACGCAAUAUAUUUGCAGUUAUUCCAUUUGUGCAUGCUAAUUUUCACAAUGUACUUUUUUCCUGUCACCAAAUUGUUACUAUUUUUAAGAAAGCGCAAAUUUUUAUGUGGCAAAAAUUUCGUUAGAGUCAGUAGAUACCUCGGAACACCCAUUUUUUUUCAGCCGCGUCUCUCUAGUAACUUAGUUACUUCCUGAUUAUUAUUUCUUUGUGCGAGUCUGUGGUGAAUGAGUAGUCUAAACAUUCUUUUGUGAGUGAAUUUGUGGAUUUUGUACACAGUGUUCAGAAAUAAACAUAACAAAGAAAAAGUCCGAUGGUUGAAUGGGUCAAUCUGCGAAACACGAAAAAGCGGCUUGAUCCUGGCCCUGUAAACAUCACACCAGUUUGCCGAGCUUUAGUUAACUAUAAUUAACAGAUCUUCGCACACUACGUUGAGGUCACUUCUCAGCCGAGAAUGAGUUUCGUUGACGCGAUUUUUUGUCUUUUCAUUUGCAGCUUACUGUUUCACCCAGCCAGUAGCGUGACGAAUGCAUCGAACCAAGUUGCGUCCAACAAAACGCCAGUUGUUUCUCCGUCGACCAAAUGCCACAACGUGCACUUCAACAACUAUUACUCAGGACCGCCAAACAAAGAUAUCAAGGCGCAUCUCAUCAAAAUACAGAAUCAACUAGCAGAUGCACAGAAAAAACUCGUUGCAAUGACGGGGAACAAAACUUUUAAGCCAGUGAAGAAAAACUGUGCUGAGCUGUAUAAAUCUGGCAAAAGAAUCAACGGUGUUUACACAAUCGACCCCGAUGAUUCAGGUGCCUUUGAUGUCUUCUGCGACCAAACAACAGCCGGUGGAGGGUGGACGGUAUUCCAGAAAAGAUUGGAUGGCUCCGUUGAUUUCAGCACCCGCGGUUGGCCCGACUACAAGCGUGGUUUUGGUAAUCUGAAUGGUGAGUUUUGGCUGGGAUUGGACAAAAUUAACCGCCUGACGAAGGCAAAGAACAGACUGCGAGUGGAUCUCGAAGAUACACAAGGAAAGACUGCAUACGCUGAGUACGACGUUUUUGCUGUUUCGAGUGAAAGAAGCAACUAUGAACUCAGUCUUGGAAAAUAAUCCGGAACUACUGGUGAUUCAUUGGGCUAUCAUCGUAACUCACCGUUUACAUCAAAAGAUCGCGACAAUGAUAAUUGCCCGGGAAACUGCGCUGUGGUAACUAAAGGAGCUUGGUGGUUCAACUGCUGUGCAUAUUCCAACCUGAAUGGCUACUAUUACCGUGGGCCUCACAAAUCCGUCCACGACGGCGUCAACUGGCGUACCUGGAAGGGUGGAAGCUACUCCGCUAAGCGGACAGAGAUGAAGAUCAGGCCCGUUGACUUCAGUUAAAACUCGUUGGAGGCGUGCGUCAGUUUUAGUUUUCCGUACUAGAUUAAAAUAUCGAUAACUAGCUCCCCGAUUCACUUUCCUACCUUAAAUGUGAUUAUAACUUUUGUGGUUCUGUUCGAGAUUAUGUUGUACACGGUGUGGGUCAAACUUAUGAAAGAUGUUAGACAUAUUUUGUAGUACUGUCUUCUACUUUUAUAUGGUGGAUUUUUUUUGGUUGCUCAAUUUGUAAACUGAAAUGCAAUUUGUUUUAGCGUGUAUUGUGUUGGGCGGUUAUAAACGUUUUAAUAUAUAAAGCCGUGGUAGCCUUGUCUCCAUUGAUGCCCGAUAUUGUUUCGUUUAUUU